UCCCGCCAAGAAUAUGCAACCGGUUUCUGCUGCCAGUGCUACUAGCGCUGCUGCGGCUCCAUCUAUUGCAGGAGCAGACUCCGAACCACCAGAACGUACUCUACCGCGUCGGCGGGGACGUCCACGUAAAAGUCAGUUGAACUCGGUGGUUAUGGGAGAAGACAGUGUCAAUAACACGAAUGUCACAAUAAAAGUAAUGCUGCGUUCUAUAAAGCAACACAAGAAGCUUGUUGCCACUGUCAAUAAUGGCUUUGCACGCGGUCUCAAGCCAGAAAUUAUCUUAGCCGCAUUUCCCUACGAAAAUGAUCUUAUGUUUGCUGUAAAAUUUAAGAAUCGUAAGCUGCCAGAAUUGAUAACUGCCCAGCAGUUGAAGGUGCUUGACAAAAGUCUGCUAAUUCAAUAUUACGUAACCAAUCUACGUUAUCCACAUAAUGAGAAGCCGACUAACAGUUGAAAAU